AUGGAAAGAUCAUUUAAUUUCAAGCUGUUAGUACCUCCGCGAACAAAUUUAGGUCAAAUAUCAGCCGUGAAACCCCAAGAUUCUGGAUUAUUUGAGGACAGCAUUAACAAUAAUCUUAUGCCACCUAGACAGGGUUAUAACAAAUGUUUUGAUAAAGAGACAAGAUUGCCACUUUCACAUAAAAGUAUGGUGUUACCUACAAAGUCCCCAAGAGCAGAGCCAGCAAAGAAGAUUGCAGUGAUGCCAAUGGAAAAGGAAGAGGUUCGUACAUUAAGAUCCAGCCAGCUGUAUUCCAAACUGUUUGAAGAGGCUGAGAAAGUAAAAUCUUGGAAAUUGAAAAUGGACUCUGAAAUUUCACAAAAAGAUAGAAAGAUUCAGGAGAACAGAAAAACAAUUGAAACUCAGCGCAAAGCCAUUCAGGAACUUCAGUUUGAAAAUGAACAUCUUAGUAUGAAAUUAGAGGAGCAACUUGAUGAAAAUGAAGAUCAGAGAAAUAAAAAUAAUGCAACAAGGACUUUGUGCAAUAUUCUGAAGGAUACAUUUGAAAGGUCUACUGAGAAAAUGAGCUUAUUUGAGGCUGAAAGAGAAGAAACACAUGGUCUCUUCAUGCAGAACCAUGAAACCAUUCAGAGAAUGGUUACUGCAUUUGAAAAUCUUCGCAUGCAAGCAGAGGCUGACCAGAUAGAAAUGUUGAGAGUUAGAGAAGGUUUUCAAAAGUCUGAGGACCUUAAAUUGAGGUUUGAGAAUGACUUUCACCUGAAAAAAGAGGAGAUUUUCAUACUUGAAGGAAAAUUAAAGGAAAAAGAAGGUGAUAUUAAAGAACUUGUACUCAAUCUCCAAGAGACCCAGCACUGCUUAAAUGAACUUCAAGAAACAACAAGACAACAGCAGGAACUACUUCAAAAAUUCAAACAAGAACAGGAUACACUUGAGGCAAAACUGAAAUGGGCAGAACAUCUCAGAGAAGAAACUGAGGAAAAGCAAAAAGCUUUAGCUUGCAUAUUUGAGCAAACAAAAGAGAUUUAUGUAAAGGACCUUCAAGAGAGAGAUGCCAAACUUGAGAAAAUAAAUAAUAUCAAAGAGCAACUGGAACACCAAUUUAAGGAGAUGCAGGUGGCAAAAGAGUCUUUGGAAUCCUCAUUAACAUCUAUGAAAAUGAGGGUCAAUGAACUUGAAUCAGAGCUUUGCUUAAUAUCUGGUGAACUGAGCAAGAAAAACAUAGAACUGGGAAAAAUAAGAGAGGAGAAAGAGGAACGAGAACGUCAGAUACAGACUUUGAAAGAUGAGAUGGACACAAAUUCAGUUGCCAUCAAGUCUUUAGAGGAAAAGGUAAAGGCAGAUAUGGGAAAAAUUCUUCAGCUCACUGCAGAAAAUGAGGAAAAACAUGAUGAAAUAAGUGAACUGAAGAAAAAACUGGAGAUUACUUCUGAUGAAAAUAGGCACAUGGUGGUAUCCCUGGAACAGGCUAUGAAUGAAACAAAACAAAUGAAGGAGUAUGCUAUUUUGAAAGAGAUUACACUUAAAGGUAUUGAAGAGCAGUUAUCAGAAGCAAUGAAGAAUAAAAUAGAAUCUUCCAAUAAUCUAAAACAAUUGGAAAAGGAUAUAGAGUUACACAAGGAGAAAUACAAGGUUUUAUUGGAGAGGUUUAAUCAACUUCAGCUUCAAAAAAACACUAUUGAACAACAAGUUGAAGGUGGUGCUUCAGAAGCCAAGGAAAGUCAAGAAAAUGGGGAAAAGAUGAAAAUUGAUAUACAGAGACUUGAGAUGGAAAAAUUGCAGCUGCAAGCACAGUUGGAGGUACUUAGUUCAAAAAUUAAGGAGCAACAUCAAGAGAAUGAGAAUAUUCAGAAACAGGUAAACAAAAGCUCCCAGAGUGAACUGAUGAAAAAAGAAAGACAUAUCAAAGCACUAGAUCUAAAGCUAACAAAUCUGCAAAAUAAGCUGGCAACCAAAACCAAGACUCAAGAUGAAAACCUUAAAGAAAUCGUACAAAUGAAAGAGGAGUUGCAAAGCAUGAAAGAAUACCAUAAAGAAGAACUUCAGAGAGUAGGUUCUGAGAUGGAACACAAAUCAAUGUCAGAGACUCAAUUAAGACUAGAGGUGCAGAAACUAAAGCAGACAACAAUGGAAGCCAUGAAAAUCAAAGAGGACACUGAAAUCAAAUGCCAGCAGAAGAUAACUGACAUGAUUGCCUUAAUGGAGAAACAUAAACAUGAAUAUGACAAAAUUGUGGAAGAGAAGGAUGCAGAACUGAACGAGAAAAGAAUGCAGGAAGAUGAAAUUAGGGCCAAUAAAACAUCAUUGGAGCUGGAGCUGUCCAACCUCCUUCUUGAAAAUGGGCAAUUGAAACAACAUCUUGAAAAGGUCAAAAAGGAAAAGGGAAAUCUGCAACAGAAGGUAGAAGACCUGACCAAGAUUCAGACAUCUCAGAAGGACAGUUACAUAGAGAAAGAGGAGUAUCUGGAACAAAAAAUUCUGGCCUUGAAGAAGCAAAUCAAAUGUCUAGAAAAAGACAAGUCUCAAAAAAAAUUGGGCGAUAGUCUUCUUAAAACCCCAUCUUGGACCUUGGAAACAAAAAUAGGAUUAACACCUCGUAUAAGGUCUUUCAGAAUACGCACACCACCAUCAAUAGAGAAAGAACCAUGGAGGAAAAACUCCCUGGAGCUGGACCCAAAAUCUGACAGCUCAGAGCAAAAUGAUAUACUAGUAACUAGUUACAGUUUCUCUACAGUCCCUAUAAAAUCAAGGAAGCCUAUACAGGCAAAAGAGACUGGAACUGAAUGUCUGGGCCUAUUUAAGAAGGUGCAGAAUUCUGCUGUGUACAAGUCUCCAGGAGAAGCUCUAAAACUGGCAGCAAUGAAGAGGAUGCGGGAUGCUGGCUGGACUACUAUUACCAAUUUGGAUAAGAAAAAGAAAAAAGUAACCGAUAAAAUCUUUGCCUGA